GCUCUUAAGAGAUAGUUCUAGUGUCAAUAUGAAGGAUAUAUUAAUAAUUAUUCUAAGUUUCAAUUGUAUCAAGUUGGAUAUAUUAUUGCCUAUUCAUACCAUCUUAAUUGAUGAUAUUAUUCAGAUAGAGAAUGUAUAUGAUAUCAUGUUAAAGGAGAAAAUCUUGAGUCAUAAAGCUGAAAUUGCUAUAGAUAUUAUCAGUCACAUGCCUUCUUUUAUAUUAAUGUUUGUAUAA